CAUAAGCAACAACUAUCUAAACCUACUGACCAAACAUUAUAAAACGAAUGGUGUAUGUCUCCCAAAACCAAAGACUGGCGGCCGUAGAUUUAACAAGACUGCAUUGUCUACAGAGGAUAUAACUCGAAUUGUAACGUUUAUUACAAGUUAUGGUGAGUUACAUGGCCUCCCUCUACCUGGACGUCAAAGCAGAGUGAACACCAAUGAUCCACGAACACGUUUGCUGCCGUCAUCUGAAAACAAAUCCACAGUUUUCAGAAAGUAUGAAAAAGAAAUGGAAGAAGUGAAUCGGCGAAAAACAGCUGCUGGACAACCCUUGCUGAGAAUUGCCAGGAGGUCAACAUUCAAUAAACUUUGGCUUACGUAUGCCCCUUAUGUGAUGAUAAGUCGUCCAAAAUCAGACCUGUGCUGGACUUGCCAGGCGAAUAAUGCUUCAGUUUAUAGAAGUGCAAAUGAAAGUGAAGCCGAGAAGAUGACGCGUCUGCAGUGUCAAGCAUCUGAGAGUCGCGGAUAUGGAAAGACAGCUAUACAGGGAGAUGGUGGCAAACUCAAAGGAUGUACUAAAAAAUACUGGCGAGAGAUUGGGACCUAUUGAACCAUGUUCGAAGAACUACACGAUGCAUUACUCCUUUGAUUUCGCCCAGCAGGUCGCAUUUCCUUUUGACCCACAACAGCCAGGUCCCAUUUACUUUUUAUGUACAAGGAAGUGUGGUAUAUUUGGAGUUGCCUGCGAAGCUGUUCCACAACAAGUUAACUACUUGAUAGAUGAGGGUAUGCUGCUAUCGAAGGGAUCGUCAGCCGUAAUCUCCUACUUACACGAUUUCUUAAUUUCAAACGGGUUAGGAGAAAAAGUGGUGCAGUUGAACUGCGACAACUGCUCAGGCCAAAACAAAAAUCAAUACAUGUUGUGGUACUUAGCGUGGCACACAAUUUACAAACUUCAUGAAAAGAUCCACCUGAAUUUCUUGAUAGCAGGACAUACUAAAUUUUCCCCUGACGCUGGCUUUGGCCUGAUUAAACAGAAAUACCGGAACAAUGUGGUUGGGUGCCUUGAUGACAUGGCAAAUGUAGUGAAUAAUAGCAGCACCACAGGAAUAAACAAAGCAAGGAUCGUUGGAAGCGAGUCAGGUGAGGUAUUUGUGCAGCAGCACAACUGGGGUGAUUAUCUUGAGCCAUAUUUCAGGCCGUUGAAUGGCAUAAAGAAGCUCCACCAUAUGAGAUUCGACAAAGACUAUCCUGGAAUGGUGUA